AUGCGCCCGCCAGUUACAGGAUGGUUCACAACACCAAUAUGUAGAUCUACCCACCAUGAAUCCAUCCGAUCGCCUAGUUAUCUUUGCCACAUUACCUCUAUAUCGAUUAUAAUUACUGUAAAAUAUAUAAAUCUGCAUGGUUCUUCUUCAAACCUGAUUUUGCAGGUUUUCAAUCCUGACUUUAAUAUCUUUAAUUUGUCGAAAUCAACUAUUAUCAACUUGUCUCCGAUUCAACAUGUGUUCUACCACCCUUUUCGAAACCGCUUACCGUCGCGUCGAGGUACCCAGCCCGCAUUACCCAGCAGCGCUAGCUGCCUCGUAGUGGAUCCGCGAGCGUUGGGGGCACAGUUCGCCGCGGAUCUCUUCCAUCCAAACCGCGCCCAAGGGAUCCUGUCGUGUCAGAACAAGGCGGAUUUGGCUUCGGUGAUUGGUGAGACCACACGUGUGCACACGACACCCAAAUUAAGGUGGGAUUUCCGAACUUUGGCGGAGGGUGGUGCCGUGUACUGGCCCAGUUGUAUUUGUACAGCCGACGACCUGAGCCUCUUUCAUCAGCUCUAUCAAGAGCUAUCGCCGUGGAACCCUUCGCCCUACAAGCGCUCCAAGCACCCAGCCUGUGUGGAUGAGAAACAGCUUUUAGCUUCCAAGACCUAUCGCCGCAUCGUGGCGCAGCUGCGCAAUCUCUUUGGCAUCGCCGUUGGCUAUUCCAUUGUGAAUCUUUAUGCGGAUGGUGAUGACUGGACAGACUACCACCGCGACAACUACAAAGCGGAGGGCAACCGCAUGGCCCAAAACGGAGCGAAAACCACGGAUGCCGCUGCGCACGAAGUGACAGUGGGUGUUAGUCUGGGCGAUUCCAGGGAGCUUCGCUUCAAACAUUUGGAGACCGGCUUGGAAUUCGCCUUUCCCCAAUCCAACGGUGACGUCUUCGCCUUCACCGAACCGGUGAACUCGGCCUUUCAGCACUGCGUUCCCCGCGGAGACCGCCGUUCCCGGCCGCGGAUCUCGGUGAUUUUGUGGGGACGCCUGGUGGAGGGAGGCGCCGGCCUGUUGAGAUGCUCGGCAGAAGUUAGAUGGGCCAUGGGAAAAACGCGAUUCCUGGUUAGCAACUGGGGAUUUGUUACCCCCUACAUCCCAAUUGUAAUCCAUUUACUAACUAGUUAA